ACAUGAAACUGAUGUUAUGAGAAAAGUAAAAGUGAUUCCUUAAUUAGAAAAGGAAACAAAGUGCGUGUAGUGUUAUAAACUCUGGAAUCAAAGCACAUGAGAUUGGAAAAACGUGGUUUUCCCCCAUAUAUCAACAGCAAGUCUUCUUCUCUAUCAGGAGGAUUCUAGGGUUUUUCUCGCGAUCUGUAUUUUCCAAAUAGUAAAAAUGGCGUCAAAAGGGAGAUCCUUACUUCGGGGUACUUCACGGAGAUCUUCAUCCUCGACGCUCAUAUUCUCAAUUGCAAUUAUCUGUUCAUUCUUCGUUUUAAUCCUUCUCGCUCUCGGAAUUCUUUCAAUUCCAAACAGUUCCAGCAAUUCUCCGAAAGCUCAUGAUCUCAGCUCCAUCGUUCACCAUACUACUGUUGACAGAAGUGAGAGUAAAGACGACACUGCAGAUCAUUGGGUUGAAGUGAUCUCAUGGGAGCCUAGAGCUGUUAUUUAUCACAAUUUUCUGACUCAGGCUGAAUGUGAGUAUCUAAUCAACCUUGCUAAACCUCAUAUGGAGAAGUCAACUGUUGUUGACAGUGAAACUGGCAAAAGCAAAGAUAGUAGGGUCCGAACAAGUUCUGGCACAUUUUUGGCACGUGGGCGUGAUAAAACGAUCCGGACCAUUGAAAAAAAGAUUGCAGAUUUCACCUUUUUACCUGUAGAACAUGGGGAAGGACUACAAGUUCUCCACUAUGAAGUUGGACAAAGAUAUGAGCCUCACUUUGAUUACUUCCAAGAUGAAUUUAACACCAAAAAUGGAGGUCAACGUAUGGCUACAGUUCUAAUGUAUCUAUCAGACGUUGAAGAAGGGGGUGAAACCGUAUUCCCAUCAGCAAAAGGAAACAUAAGUGCAGUCCCUUGGUGGAAUGAAUUAUCUGAAUGUGGGAAAGAAGGUUUAUCUGUUAAACCAAAAAUGGGAGAUGCUUUGCUUUUUUGGAGCAUGAAACCCGAUGCAUCUCUUGAUGCUUCAAGUCUACAUGGUGGGUGCCCCGUUAUCAAGGGGAACAAGUGGUCGGCUACAAAAUGGAUCCGUGUCAAUGAGUAUAGAGCUUAAUUUUUGGUUUAGAAAGGUAUAUCUAUAAAACAUGUGUUGAGCAGAAUAUAACAACUUGUACUGUGUUUGACAUGUAUUGACUGAGACUGAUGUCAAUGGGACUGAAUGUGGCUUUUGAGUUUUGUCCCCACCCAUAAAAGGUGGGACAAGGAUUGUUGAACUUGAUGUAGGCCCCGUUUGUUACGUACAUGACAAAAUAUACCAGUUUUGUAUUGUUUGACA